CUUCUGACAGUGUCUUCCUUGCUAUCCCCAGGACAGAUACCACCUUCACGUAAUUAUAAUUGCGAAGAUUUUAACAGCACAUGCAAUGGGGAAUCCAGUUGAAACAUACCAAUCUCCUUCUGGAUUGCAGACAGAGAACAUGCUUUUUCCUCAUUUGAAGUUAAAUGACAGUUAACAAAUGCUGGAGUUUGACAGCAAAGUAACUGAAAUGCACGGAUAAACUACAGCAUGCAAGAAAUUUCCAUCUCCCACAAAUGGAUUUUUGUACUGUCGAGCUGAUUACUGCAUUAUUCGUUGCAAAGAUGAUUUCCAGUUUGACAGUGAACCAGCAAAUGGCUAUUUUUGCCAUCCACCGGGAGUGUGGACUGCGUGCCUCCAGAAGAAAGUGUUCCUUGGCCUAACUGCACAUUGAAAGAUAAUCAGAAAAAGUCUCCAGAGAUUUACACAGCUCAUGCAGAGGGAAGUGGAGCUACAGCUAUGAAAAUUAAACGACCAAAGAAAUCACAGCAACCAGAUACGAUUCCUCCAACCAUAACAAAUUGCCCAUGGGACAUCACCAUAACCACUGAGACUGAUCCAGUACUGGUCACCUGGGAACAACCUGAAAUUAGCAACAGUGGAGUGUUUACUUCAAUAGCUUCAAUAUCCAGUGGCUCCUGCUUCCGGUAUGGAACUCAUCAAGUGCAAUACACCGCCCAUGAUGAAGCAGGAAAUGAAGCCUCCUGCCAGUUUAAAGUUACCAUCAAAAAGCCAGAUCUUUCGUGCACUGCCCAACCUCCCACUGAUGGGUCUUUGGCUUGUGGAACAUUAUCUUAUCCUGGCAAUGGAAUGAACAAAUGACAGUUCUGUGUACCAUUCUGCAUGAAAAGCACUGGUUUCC